CGCAAGCUCAGCCCUAUACCAAACCCCUUCCAAAGCUGAUCAGUGGAUGAAACACCUAUCGUAUCCUCCCCAUUAUGCAGUGUGCGCCCUCUCUGCCUCUCGAAUAGCUGUGUAGCCGUCUUCCUCCAGCUUUAGCACCCUUUGGAAAGCAAUGUUUAACCUCACCAACCUUGUGCAGAAAGCCCAACAGUUCAUCGAGCCCGCCCUUCCAGUAGGCCCUCCCUCCUCCGAUCGCAGACCGUCCAAAGCCUCCCUUUUUCGCCAUCAGUUCAGACUCCCCGACUCGCAAUCGCCGCUGCAGGAGAUAACCGCAGAGCUCACACUUUCACCCCACCAUUCGACGAGGGGCGGCUCCGGCGACACCAGUUCCCAAGAGAAGGAACGCAGCCAGGGAAACCACUAUGUCGGAAAGCUUCAUCUGAGCGAGCAGUAUCUCUGCUUCUCUACACAAGGGUCUAGCUUCUUGAGUUCGGCCAGUCUAAGCUCUUCGAGCAGCUUCACCGGCCAGACUCAUGGCUCGGGCCCGGCUGGAAAUGGCUUUACACUUCCCCUUUGUGCGAUUCGCCGAGUCGAGCGAUUGCACAGCCAGAGUUAUAUGUUUGCUCUGGCUAUAACUACCUGGAACGGAAUCCCUGACUCCAAAGCAAAGAAUGCUGCACCCAGCGGGCAGCGGCUCACAAUUCAGCUUGCCGGAAGUCGGCAGCAAUGCGAGCGAUUCUGCGAUGGACUGAAGAAAGGGCUCAGAGAAGGUGUCCGGGAGGUGGAAAACCUACGGAAUGUUGUAGCUCAAUGUUACUCGGAAUAUCUGCUCCAGGGGGACGUCGAUGAAAAGAAAGAGGGCGGAGACAAUACACAGAAAGCCCGCGAGCACCCGGACACAGGCCUUGGGUUGAUAUUCAGAUAUCCUGGCAACGCCCGGAAGCUUCGAGAUGCGACUAAGAUAAGACUUUGGAAAGAAUACCUACGAGAAAACGGACGUAGCGCGACGUUGAUUCGACAGCCUACUUUCCAUAAGCUUAUUCGCGUUGGUCUUCCGAAUAGAUUACGAGGUGAAAUGUGGGAACUAUCCUCGGGCGCGUUCUUUCUACGACUACAGAACCCUAAAUUAUAUACGGAGACAUUAGAGAAGUACUCCGGACGAGAGUCUCUGGCUAUCGACGAGAUCGAAAAGGACCUCAAUCGAAGUCUUCCGGAAUAUCCUGGUUUCCAGAGUGAGGAAGGUAUCGGUCGGCUGCGGCGUGUUCUGACGGCCUAUAGCUGGACUAAUGAAUCAGUCGGGUACUGUCAGGCUAUGAACAUCGUAGUGGCGGCUCUGUUGAUAUACAUGUCCGAGUCACAAGCCUUCUUUCUCCUCUCCGUUCUUUGCGACCGUCUCCUGCCUGGUUACUACUCAAUAACCAUGUACGGCACCCUCUUGGAUCAACGAGUUUUCGAAUCCCUCGUAGAGAAGACCAUGCCUAUCCUUUGGGAUCACCUGGUCAAAUCAGACGUCCAACUGUCUGUGGUUUCCUUGCCUUGGUUCCUAUCUCUCUAUAUCAACUCUAUGCCGUUGAUCUUCGCAUUCCGCGUACUUGAUGUGUUCUUUCUGGAAGGUCCUAAAGUUCUCUUCCAAAUCGGAUUGGCGAUUUUGAGGAUCAACGGAGAAGAGCUUUUAGAUGCCACUGAUGAUGGUACAUUCAUCUCCGUUUUGAAAUCAUAUUUCUCUCGAUUGGACGAGUCGGCACACCCCAAAUCAGAGAACCCGAAACUGCGAGCCGUUACGAGAUUUCAAGAACUCAUGGUCGUGGCAUUUAAAGAGUUUGCGGGCAUCACACAAAACACCAUAUCAGAGCAGCGCGCGAAGCAUAAGGAUGCAGUGCUUGCUAACAUUGAAAGUUUCACGAAACGCACUUCUAUUCGAAAUUUGGGACCCGAUAGUAAACGCUUGAGCGUUGAAGAUUUGGGUUUCCUUUACGAUAAGUUUUACGCCGUCUUAUACGAGCGACAGCAGAGGGCAGAGAUUUUGCAGCAGGAGGCGGACAGAAAAGCAAAGGCAGCUAAGAGCAGGGCAAGCACAAUCGUCACUGGUUUCGCUAGCGACAACGUUGAGAGAGGAAGAGUAGCCCUUGGUCCGAGCCCUACCCAGAUGGAUUAUGACGCUUUCAGAGAGUUCCUUGCUGGCGUCGCCAAGUGGGCAAUUACGGAUUCGCCCACUUCCCCAGAGCCAAGUGGAACACAGUCCCCGCACUCAUAUUUCGGUGGUAGCACACGGAACAAGCCAGCUUUAUCACCAUGGGGUACUGGCCCGGAACCAGCAGAACAUGAAUUCAUGAGGCGUCUCUUCCGCCGGUGGGAUGCGGAUAUGGCUGACUCACUUUCCUUGCAGAAUGUCGUCACUGGUUUCGCACAGGUGAAAGGCACGAAAGACAUAAUGUCAAACAUAAGCUACUUCUUUGAACUGUAUGACGACGAUGGAGAUGGUAAGGUCGACCGCGAGGGGAUUCUCAGAAUCUCCGAGGCACUCCUGUUUUUGUCUAGAAGAGGUUUCGGUGAUUCGCCAACCCCGUCACCUACGGCCACUGAUAUACUCUCUGGAGAAAGCCCUGAAAGGGGUAAUCGUGACGAGCAAUUCCUCUCAAGUGUUUCUGCUUUCAUCCGCCGUUGCUUCGAAUACGCCGAUCCCGACCACCCUGCAAACCAGGACGAGAAAACAGAUGAGUUGAGCAGCGAUCUGGACAAUUUCUCGAUAGCGGACGACGAUGACGAGGAUCUCAUGGAUCUCAAGUCAGAGCCUAGCACCCCGACCGCCACCUCGCGUCCUGUCAAGAAUCCCCUUUCGCCGACAAAAUCGAUGAAGAACCCGCUCAGCCCAAUCCAGACCAACGAAUCGAACGGCGAGAGGACAGAAAAGGCGAAGGCUGCAAAUCUGGCAUUGGACCCCAACAAGCCUCUUCACAUUACACUACCUACUUUCCGCAUGGUGAUCCUUGCAGAUGAACUUUUGGAACAUUUCUUCGAGACCGGAUUUUCAUCGUCAUUCCAUCUUGCUGAUAAACAGCUGUCGUCCAAGGCCUCCAGCUCCUCCAAUCUGACCACAUUCUCCAAUGCCGGGAGGCAGAUGGCUGCAGCUACUGCAGGUAUGGGCGGUGUUGUUGGCGGGGCUGGUGCAGGUGUCGUACCACCCGGCAAAGGUCUGCGCGGUAUGCUUGACAACAUCGUCAGCGACGGAAUGCGUGUUGCAGCGGAGGUUCGACGUAGGAUGGAUGAAGCGCAGAAGGAAAUGGACAAAGAAGCACGCCAUGGUCGGGACGACGAAGAUGAAGAAGAGGACGCAUCAAAUGCUAAGGACGCCGACUUACUUGAAGGUGCAGAGACGGCCGGAGUGGACACUUCGAAAGGGGAUGCACCGAACCUGCUCCUGCCAGAGGCAUCCAUUGGAGCCCUUCCGCCACCACUUCUCGAGCAAACUGUCCCCGAACAUUUUUCUGGAAUUGUGAAGCAAUAUGGAGAUCGUGAUGCCGUUAUAUCUCAUCACCAACGCAUACGGUUGACGUAUGAUACUCUGGAUCGGAGUUCUAAUAUCUUAGCACGAGGUCUAGCAAAGGCAGGUGUUAAGAAAGGAGAAAGAGUGGCCGUGUCGCUGGGCAAUAAUAUCGAGUAUGCUACGGUCACAUAUGCACUCUUCAAACUGGGGGCCAUACUGGUGCCUCUCAACCCAGCUUUCAACGCGCCGCAAGUUCUGUCUGCAUUAAACCACCUGGCUGCUUCCCAUCUCAUCAUCGGAGCGGAAACCAAUCUACCUAGGAAAGAUCCAAGGUCAAAUAUCCCACUCCUAACGCAUCUCGUACCAAAUCUUGCAGGCUCAAAGCUCGAGUCCGAACUAGUGCCAUCACUACAAGCUGUGGUUGUCGUGGAUAAUUCCGCCGGCCGCAUAGACGCAAAAGCUUACAGAAGUGCGCUCAAAUAUCAGACAGUAUACGAAGAUGGCGACAGUGACUCGGCGAUUUCGUAUUCAGACCUUCAUCCCAACGACGUUGUGAAUAUCCAGUUCACUUCGGGCACGACGUCCAUGCCGAAGGCUGCGUGCUUGUCUCAUAAGUCGAUCUUGAAUAACGGAAACAGUAUAGGAGAUAGAAUGCUACUUACUCCAAAAGAUAUCGUCAACUGUCCGCCUCCAUUAUUUCAUUGUUUUGGUUGCAUACUGGGAUACAUGGCUACCGCAACUCAUGGAUCAGCCAUAGUCUUUCCAUCAGAAGCUUUCAACCCAAUCGCAACGCUCGAAGCUGUCCGAGAAUACAAAUGCACUGCUCUAUAUGGCGUCCCCACAAUGUUCACAGCCGAGCUCGAACUUCUGGCCAAUGGCGUCGUACCUUACGAAGGCUUCCAGCAUCUCCGAACUGGCAUAGCAGCCGGAUCAUCGAUCCCCGUCGAACUCAUGCGGAAACUACACAAAGUGCUCAACCUGACAGAACUCACAAUCUGCUACGGCAUGACGGAGACGUCACCCGUCAGCGCAAUGACAACGACCGACGAUCCCAUCGAGAAGCGCCUCGACAGCGUCGGCCGUCUCCUCCCACACGUUCAGGCCAAAGUCGUCGAUCCGCUAGACUGGUCCCGAACGCUCAAUGUGGGUGAGCGCGGCGAACUCGCCGUCUCAGGCUAUCUCGUCAUGUCCGGUUAUUUCGGAGACCCAGAGCGCACGAAUGAGGUACUCGUUCCAGAUGACACGGGAAGAUUGUGGAUGCAUACCGGCGACGAGGCGUCGAUAGACGAGGAAGGCUACGUGAAAAUUACGGGAAGGAUCAAGGAUUUGAUUAUCAAGGGCGGGGAGAAUAUUCAUCCUCUCGAGGUCGAAAACUGUCUCUUCGCUCACCCGAAGGUCAGCGAGGUCAGCGUUGUGGGACUGCCCGAUGAGCGAUAUGGUGAAGUUGUCGCAGCGUUCAUCGUCCUGCAUCAGGGAGAGGAAGGGAAAGUGAGCAUUGAAGAGAUCAAGGAGUGGGUUAAGUCUAAGUUGAGCCAUCACUUGGUACCGAAAUAUGUGUUUUGGGUUGACGGCUACACCAAAACAGCAAGUGGAAAGAUUCAGAAGUUUAAGCUCAAAGAGUUGGGGAUUCAGUUGCUGAAAGAAGGACAAGGUGUAUAGAUAUUCGCUGCGUUGGCUAUCGCAAAGCAUCUUGUGUCGUGAAUGUGUGAGUUCUACCAAGUCUUGACUUUGUCAUCGAAGAAUGAUACGAAACAUACGAGUAUACGAUCACUAGCUAAUUUGAAGAGGUUCUCCUGCAGAUACAUGCAGAUAUGUGUGCCUCAUUACCAUUGAAUACAAAAUAUUUG